AUGAGGAAGAACAUAAUUCACAGGGAAGUGGAGCGCCAGAGGAGGAAAGAAAUGUCCACCCUUCACUCUUCCCUCAGAAACCUCCUUCCUCUCCGCUUUGUCAAGGGAAAGCGAGCGGUGUCGGAUCAUAUGCAAGCGGCUGUAGAGUACAUUAGAGAGCUCCAAAGAAGGACGGAUGAACUGAGCAAGAAGAGAGAUGAGCUCAAAAGCGGUUACGGUACCGGUAAUAGGGAUGAUCAAGUUGGCUCGAGCAGAAGAAGUAAUGAUAGUGCAGUUAGUAGUAGUAUAGUUAUGGUUCGUCCAUGUUUGAUUGGAGUGGAGGUGGCGAUUAAUGUUAGUAGUAGUAGUAGUAGUGGACGUGGAGGUCAACAAGGUGGUUUGCAGCUGUCUAGGGUUGUGGAGUUGCUGAUGGGACAAGGACUCGAUGUUGUAACCUGCGACACUGUCAGAGUGAACGAUAGAUUCAUUCACACCCUUCGAUCCAAGGUGGGUAAGAAAGCUAGCUAG